AAGAAGAAAAAGAAGAAGCGGAAAUGCUUGUGCCAAGCGAUGGCAACGUCAGCAGGUGGUCGCGGGACGCUAUUGUUGAGGUGUGUUAGACUCGUAUUAGGUCAGUAUGCUGUGGCUCCGUCGUCAUUUUUUGGUGUUAGAUAUAACAGAGGGAUACAGUUACCAGCUGGGAGCGUCAGACUGAUCCAAAGCAGAGCCAGCAGCCGCAAACAGCACGUUACUGCAGGAAAACUGGGGCGAAAUGGAGUGGAUAGGAAAGCAGUGAUCUGCAUUGAGGGGAACAUUGCCAGUGGGAAGACAACAUGUCUGGAGUAUUUCAGCAAAACCAGCAAUAUAGAGGUCCUCACAGAACCAGUUUCUAAAUGGAGAAAUGUCCGUGGACACAACCCCCUGGGUCUGAUGUACCAGGAUCCUCAGCGCUGGGGUAUCACACUGCAGACCUACGUUCAGCUCACCAUGCUGGAUAGACACUUGUCAGGCGUAGCAAGUUCAGCUCCUGUCAUGAUGAUGGAGAGGUCCAUCUUCAGUUCCAAGUACAUCUUUGUGGAGAAUCUCUUCAGAAGUGGGAAAAUGCCAGAGGUGGACUAUGCUGUUCUCAGCGAGUGGUUUGAUUGGAUCACAACUAAUGUUUCCCUUCCUGUUGAUCUGAUUGUCUACCUGCAGACAUCCCCUCAGACCUGCCAUGAGAGGUUAAAGCAGAGAUGCAGAGAGGAGGAGAAAGUCAUUCCAUUGGAGUAUCUGGAGUCCAUCCACCAGCUACAUGAGGACUGGCUCAUCAAGCAGAACUCCUCCCCUCUUCCUGCUCCUGUUCUGGUGAUUCCUGCUGACCAUGACCUCCAGAAGAUGCUGCACCAGUACGAAGAAAACCGUGAAAAGAUCCUAGAAGCUAGCUACCUCUGAUACCCAGACAUACAGCUACACACACACACACAGAGCUCAAGAUUAAGAUUAUAAGUUUUAGAAAAAAUAUGACUACUCAUUUAAUUUCUCUACAGAGGACAACGUUGUACCCAAUUACAUUUUAGCCAGUAUGUCUUCACAAAGCUUAAUGCUCAUAAGCUUCUUAAAAAUAUUCUGCCCUACAGACUGGAAACGCUUCAGAGACAGAACUAACUCCAGAGCAAGUGAAAUAUUCCACUGACCCCCAGCUUUUCAUUAAAACAUGUUAGAGCUUCUUAAAGGAACCUGAAUGACUUUGGUGUUUUUUAGAGCUCCUCAGACUGUGAGGUUUAACUGAUGCAUUCUACAUUGUGUGCAGAAUCCUGUUCAGUUAUUUAUUAGUUCACUUUUGUAUCUCACUAUGUAAUGUAAUGCACUUGAAGUCUAACCUCACACUUACAUUUUGCUGUUACUCAGAUACAUUCAGUGAUCUGUUUGGAUUUUUAACCUCAUUGAGUCCAAUCACUUGAACUGGUCAAUAAAGAUUGCAGUCAAUCACAGAGGACCAUCUGUUACAGUAACAACCACCAUUCCACCUGCUACAGAUACAGAUAUGCUGAUAAGUGAUCUCAAAGUAAUUUCUUUUUGUCAUGAUGAAUACUAUGUGGGGUUGAACUGCUUCUCUGUAUUUUGUAUUUAUAUUUUGCAAUAUUAAAAAACA